AUGCUGGACCACACAAACACCCAGUUCGGUCGCAGAGAGCUCAAGCGGUGGGUCGGCAGACCGUUGACAGACAGAGAAGAGGUGGCCAAGAGAGCAGACUCCGUGGAGAGCAUCAUAGAAAACUACCAGUCUGUGGCCAUCGAGUCGACCGUCAAGCUUCUGCGCAACUGUCCGGACCUAGAGGCAGCGCUCAGCCGCAUCCACUAUGGCCGUUCCAAACGCAAGGACACUUAUAUGUUCCUGAAAAAGAUGAACGAGAUCCUCCAGUUCUACGGAGACCUCCCGGACACACAUGUCCAGAUCAACCCGUCUCUGCGCGAGAUAUUUCAAGAUCUCAAAACUGCAGCCACAUCUACACUCAGAGGCUUCCGGGACCUGCUGGACAUGGUCCACUCGCCAGCGGCCAUCGACGACACCAGCCCCGAGCACGUGACCAGCUACUUCAACACCAACUUCUUUGAGUACCACCUGAUCCAGCAGCAUCUGGAGAACAUCUCUCACGUGGAAGAGCAGCUGGAGGCCGAGCUCAAGGAUAUCCGCAAAACCGUUGGCCGGCCAGGCAUGGGCUAUGUGACCAACAACAAGGAGCCGUACCUGGUGGAGGUGCGCAACACCCAGGUUGCCAGCUUGCCGAAAGACUGGGUGAAAAUCAACGGCACCAAGUCGGUGUCGCGGUUCAGAACUCCGUCGGGAGCCGCCCUCCCUGAUCACAGGCCCGAAUAUGGGAGGAAAGUCGUCGUUCAUCCGCCAGAUCGCACUGAUCGUGGUAAUGGCGCAGACAGGCUGCUACAUACCUGCGGAAGCCGGCUCGAAACUGAGCGUUUUCGACUCGGUCUACACGCGAAUGGGCGCACAAGACGAUAUUAUCAAGGGCGAGUCCACGUUCCAGGUGGAGCUGAAGGAAUGCAGCACCAUUCUGAAAGAGUGCGGACCGCGGUCGCUGGUUCUACUGGACGAAGUUGGCCGUGGAACGAGCACAAUGGACGGCUUCGCGAUAGCGCACUCCAUUCUGCGGUACCUCGUUACAGAUAG